AUGGCAUAUGGGCGGCUAAACUUUCACUCUGAUUCCAUAUCAGUGGAUCAAAACGACAUCUCCGGAUUCAAAAUCGGCACAAACCUUGCUGCAGCGCUUACAGGAAUCUCACACAGAGACCAUCCCAGCUCAAGUGACACCAAAGUUUUCGUUGUCGGCUUCGAAGGCCCCAAUGAUCCCCUGAAUCCGAGGAACUGGUCUCUUAUCAAAAGAGUAUUUUGCACUCUAAAUGUCGGUAUUAUCGCACUCGUGGUGGGUAUGGCGGCAUCUAUCGACUCGGCAGUCAUCUCUCGGGCAGCACAAGAAUUCGGUGUCAGCGAAGUUGCUGAGGCUCUUGCAACAGGAUUGUUCCUUGCCGGUUUUGGCUUCGGCGCUCUUAUCGCUGGCCCCAUGUCGGAAACGGUCGGCCGCAAUCCCGUCUAUUUCGGCUCCUUGGCGAUUUAUAUGCUCUUCAUUAUGGGAGCCGGAUUGUCGAAGAACUUGGGAGGACAAUUAGUUUGUCGUUUCUUUGCUGGUUUCUUUGGAGAGUCACCUUUGUCGACUGUUGGCGGAUCCAUCAGCGACCUGUGGGAUCCCAUGAACCGCUUGAUUGCGUUUCCGAUAUUCGCUACUGCUGGACUAAUGGGACCUAUCAUGGGACCUAUCGUUGGUGGUUGGAUCUCUCAAGCGCACGACGUAUCGUGGCGCUGGACCGAAUGGGUCACCCUCAUCGUAUCUGGAGCGCUUCUCAUCUCACUGCUCCUUUUCCAACCCGAAACUUAUGAGCCAAUCCUGCUUCAGUGGAAAGCGAGCCAUCUGCGUCGAUUGACAGGAGAUAAGCGCUACGUGUCUGCAGCAGAAAUCCAGCAUGUGACAUUUAGUGCUCGGAUGUUGACUGCUGUGAAGCGGCCGUUUAUCAUGACUAUCCGGGAACCAACCAUUAUGCUAUGGACAGGAUAUUUGACUGUCGUCUACCUGAUGCUAUUCGGAUUCCUGGAUGGCUACACAUUCGUCUUUCAGAAGACGUAUAACCUCUCUGACGGAAUCACCGGCAUACUAUUCAUCGGCAUCGGUGUUGGCCUCGUUUUAUCUUCAGCAACCCUUACACCUUUACUAUGCAGAUGGGCCAAGCAGGAAUUCGCAAAGCUACAAGCCGAGAAGCCCGGAGAAAAUGCCCGCAUCCCACCCGAAUUCUUCCUUUGGUACGCUCUCAUCGGCGCACCAGCCAUCCCCAUCUCCUUUUUCUGGAUGGGCUGGACUGCAUACCCCCAUAUAAGCAUCUGGUCGCCCAUCUUAGCUUCCGUGCUUUUUGGCUUCGGCAUCUUCUCCGUCUUUGUUUCAACAUACAUGUAUCUCAUCGAUACGUACGAGGUUUACGCUGCUAGCGCACUGACGAUGAUUACGCUGGUGCGAUAUGUCGCUUCGGGAGGGAUGAUUGAGAUAUCGAUUCCCAUGUAUAAGAACCUGGGCAUUCAUUGGGCUCUGACCAUGUUGGGUCUCAUUGCACUCGUGUUUACGACGGUGCCCUACGCUUUUUACAGAUUUGGCCCCUGGAUUCGGUCAAAGAGUCGGUUUGCAAAGACACAAUAA